AUGGAACUGUCAGAUGACCCAAGGUCGAGGGGGCAAGACGAGGCUCCCCCAGCACUCUCACCCUGCGCGUCCCAGAUGAAAAGCAGCAGUGCUGUCCAGCAGCAGGGCUACUCCGCAUCCAUCUUCCUCCGACGCAAAGACAAGCUGGAACAGACGCAGCAGAAGUGCAUUGCCUUCUUCGCCCUCCUCUGCUGCUUUUCUGUGCUGGUGGCACUGAUCUUCUCGUCAGCGGACCUUUGGGGAGACGAAGAGGAUGGGAUCACAGAGGAGAACUGCAGCAGAGACUGUCGCAUUGUGCUCGUGGAGAACAUUCCAGACGACCUCUCUCUCCCCAUGGAUGGCGGACCCCACCUCCCUCUCUCUGUUGGCUUCCACACUUUGUUGGAGCAGGCGAAGCACUCAGUUGAGCUGGUGUCACCUGUCUGGAACCUGAACUCCAUGGAUCUGGAAACAAUGCCGACCACUGCCAAACAGGGUCAGCUUUUGUUCCAGCAACUGCUCAGCCUGAAAUCUCGUGGGGUCAAACUGAAGAUUGCCAGCGGUCUCACGAACUCCGCUGAUCUGAAGACCUUGGCAGCGCACAAUGCAGUGGUUCAUUUCGUAAAUAUGACAGCUCUCACCCGAGGAGGACUCCAUUCCUCGUUUGUGAUUGUGGAUCGGAAGCAUGUUUACAUCGGGAGCGCUGACAUGGACUGGAGGUCACUCUCCAAGAGGAAAGAACUGGGCGUGUUGGUGUUUAACUGCAGCUGUCUCGCUCUGGAUCUCCACCGGGUCUUUUCCUUUUACUGGCAGCUCCACGAGAGGGACUACAUCCCCUCCAUCUGGUCGAAGAGAGUUACAGCCCUCUACGGGAGGCACAGCGCCCUGGAGCUGCAGCUCAACGACACCAAUGCCACUGCUUAUGUGUCUACCUCCCCUGAACUCUUCUGCUCGAAAGAUCGCACCAGAGACAUAGACGCCAUUCAUCAAGUCAUCCAGAGUGCAGAGACGUUUAUCUUCAUAUCUGUGACCGACUACCUUCCUCUGGUGAACAGGAGAUUCAGAGGAACCUCAGUCACAAGAUAUUGGUCGCCUAUCGAUGAAGUGAUCAGAGAGGCCUUGGUACUGAGAGGAGUCAGAGUUCGUCUGCUGAUAAGCUUCUGGAAGAAGACUCACCCCCUCACCUUUAACUUUGUCACCUCCCUCAAGUCGCUCUGCAUGCACCUGCACAACUGUUCACUCGAGGUGAGGUUCUUCAGUCACAGAGAGCAGAAGGAGGACUUUCAAUAUGGACUCAACCACAACAAGUACAUGGUGACCGACAAUGCUGUUUACAUAGGGAACCAUAACUGGGUCGGUAGUGACUUUGCCAUUAAUGCAGGAAUUGGGCUGGUGGUCCAGAUGAAAAAUGACCCUAAAGACAGGGGAGUAACAAUCCUGGACCAGUUCAAGUCUGUUUUUGAAAGAGACUGGAGGUCACGAUACGCUAAGAGCCUACAAGGAAGCAAAGAUCCACAGAGUAAAUACAGAAGCCUGCGACAAGAAGAAGCUAAAGAGACGAAGGAGGAGAACGUAUGGAACAGCCCUUUAUCUUUAUAAGCACAGAAUGUUUACAAAUCCUAAAGCGUCUUAAGCCUGAAUAUUACAAACAUUUACAAACAUGUACACAAUAUAAGAAUGUAGACCUAGACUAUUAAAGGUUCAGUGUGUAGAAUCUAGUGACAUCUAGUGGUGAAGUUGCAUGUUGCAGCUGAAUACCCCUCACCUCACCCUCCCCUUCCAAACAUUAGAGAGAACCUGUGGUAACCUUCAGUUGUCAUAAAAACUCAAAAGGUGUUUAGUAUGUCCAAUUUAUACUUAGAUAUAAAGGGACACUUCUAGGGUAAUGAAAAUUACAAGUUGUAAAAUUUAGAUGAAACACAUUAGGAUUAUUUUAUAUUCAAUUUCUGCCAAUAGAUUCUUUCACCUAUAUCUCACACA